AUGUCUUAUAGCACGCUGAGAAUUGACGACGACGAUUUUGUCCCUGUUAGGCCUUCCUCCGUCGAACGCCCUCGCCGCUCUAAUUCCUUGCCCUUUGUCCCGUUGCUGCUCAUCGAUGGCUUCUCUCGCAAGAGCUUCUCAUAUUCUGCCCUUCCCCAGGAGCCUCUCAGACUCUCCGUUCUCAAAUUGGACGGCUCUUGUUUCGAUAUCGAAGUUGCCAAGACAGCCACUGUUUUAGAACUGAAGCAGGCGGUUGAGGCGGUUUUUAGUCACAUGCCGCAGAAGGGACCAGGAAAAAUUUCAUGGCCACACGUGUGGGGGCAUUUCUGCUUGUGCUAUGGUGGUCAGAAGCUAGUUGUUGAAACUGAUCAUAUCAGACAUUAUGGCAUCAAAGAUGGUGAUCAGCUUCAUUUUGUCCGGCAUGUUUCAAUCAGCUACACCCUGACAAAGAAGCAAUCAAAGAAAGGGCUCAUUGGUUCGAAACAAAACACGACGUCAAUACCACGAUCAAUUAGUCUUGAAGAGAUAGAUGCGAUUGACAAAGAGGAAGAGCAGAGUGACAGAGACAUCGAACAGCAUGACGAGGUAUUUUAUGAUUCUGAUGACAUCGAGAAUCCAAAGUCCACGCAUUGUAAUGGUGAAGUUUCUAUCGAACACAAUGAGAGCACACUGCCUAGCUUGUUGGGAGAGUGGUUUCCAUACUCCAGGCUGUCACCUGUAGGAACCACAUCUAAAAGAAGUUUAGCGUGUGCCCCAAGCAUUGCCACUGGGUUGCUGGUUGGGUUUAGGAAGAUGUUUGGGCUUUGUUUUGAAAAACGCGAUAAACGCUAUAGUCGAAGGGAUACUUGGAGAAUAGAUUAG